AAUUUUUUGUGUUUUUUUACGAAUAGUUAUUAAUUGAAUGUUUCUGUAGUCUGUGCUGGUAAAAUGUCGAACUUUUUAAGUUUAAUAAAUAAUUUAUGCGCUGAGUUACGUUCGGAAAAAGUUACAACCCGUAACAAAGCAGCAGAGCAGUUGGAUGACCAUCUCAGUUCGUCUAAAAAUGAACUAUUUGCGCAGCUGGACAAGCGCAACGAUAUUGAUGUAUCUUGGACAACAAUCUUUAAUAGUGGCAUAGAUGCGAUGAUUAAACAUGCUAUUAAAGUGGAUGAGGCAAAAAAUUCGAAAAACUAUCAAACAAUGCGUAAUAAAAAUUAUGUUUUCAGUGCCAUUGUCCAGAAAUUGAUAAACUACAAUUUAGAAGAUCCGGAGCAUUUGUUUACCAAGUCCACGUUAUUUAAUGCUCUGCAGGAAGGCUUUAAAUCUAGAGCUGCUCUGGAGUAUUUCAGUGAUACAUUUUUGAAAAUUUUAAAUGAGGCUCUUUUCAAGUCUCCUGUUUAUGUGCGUGAAUUAAAAUUAAAUGAAUUUAGUAUUAUAUUGUCUUAUUUGUUUGAAACUAAUAUGGAUAAAAAUCAUAUUUUUCUAUUUGCCUCACUAAAAUCUAUCAAUAAAACCAUUGAAUUAUCUCAUGAAUAUGUGCAAAUGACUUCUGAUGUUAUUGCCUACUUUCCGGAUGUUAAAGACUUUGCUCGUAAAGCUAUAAAGGAUUCGCAGAAGGCUGAUAUUAUUAAGUUGUACUAUUUAAUGGUUUCACAGCAUUCCGUUGAUUAUCAUAAUGUUGUUUGUAAUGGUCUCCAGGAUUUAUUGCCCAUUAUAAUUGGAUUUUAUCAAAUUGAUAUGAAAGCAGAAACAAAGGAACUUCUUUUUCAAUCUGUCCUAAUAUCACUUCAAACACUAUAUCCCUACAUCAAACAAGGUAAUAAUAACACCAUCAAUAUAGUACUGUGUGAUACAUGGCCUAAAACUUUAAAGAAAUUAAGAACUGUGGUGGAAAUGGAUAUUAAAGAACGAAGCAAAAGUUAUUACCAACAAAGUCGCUUACAACAAAAUGAUAAAUAUCUAAAGAUUUUUAUAAAAAUGUCAGCUUUAAUAAUAUAUUUGGAUAAUUGGCAUAUUGAAAACAACGCAAAUAAAGAAGAAGAAUCAAUGGAAUCCAGAGCAAAAAUUUCGAAACUAGAAGAUAAAUUGGAAAUUAUGUUAAAUUUAGUGCAGCCAGCUAAACUGGAAUUUAAUGAAAUUUGGCUUUCCAUACUAUCGGAAUUGGUUAGGGAAAUCCAAAGCAUUAUAAAUAUUACCAAUUUUCAACCUUUAUUGGCUUUAAAUCUUACUAUUUUGAAAAAUUAUAAAAAUAAUAAAAAUCUUAAAAGUAUAAGAUUAUGUUUGACUGAACUUUUGAAUAAGGAAAAGCAGUUUAGAGCUAAUAAAUACAUACCUAUAAACUACUGUCAAGAUGAAUGGCAUAAAAUAGUAAAAAUUUUAACAACAGAUACCUCCGCUUGCAAUGAAAUUAUACAUGAGAAACAAUUGUUAUUGCAGCAACUUAUUAAUCAUCAUAAACUAACGGCAGAAGACUGUACUUUACUACUUAAUUCAUUUAUGACAAAUGCUGCCUUAAAACGUUCCGAGUGUGUUUUAACCAUACAAGAUAUCUUAAAACAGGCCGAUGUCAUGGGUUUGGAUAAAACCUCCCCUCUCAUAGGCCAAACCAUACAAUGGCUGUAUGGCGAAAGAGAUAAAAAUGAAGCGAAAACCAUUUUGUUAAAUAUUGAACCUGUCAAGCCUGCAUUAAUAGCUGAAACUUGUGCCAUAGCGGUUAUAAAUUUCCUAGAUGAAGCUGUAUUAAAAACUCCCUCUCAUUUACUUUUGCCAAAUGAUAAAAAUCUUAAUCUGGACAUGUUGCAGUUUAAAUACAAUCGCAAAUUUUUAUGCCUGGAAAGGCAUGGCAAAAGUAUUAAAGAUAUACAACAAAAACAGCACCUUAACAAAACAAACGAACAAAAAAAUUGUUUAUUUCAAGCUAACUAUGAACUGCUAAUGAGAACUUUAAAUUUUGAAACUUCCAAAGGUACCAGCUGCAAAGAUAUUAUUUUAGAUCUACAAUCGUUAUUAAAAAUUUCCUUACUCAUGAAGUCUUUGUUGAUGUUUGAAGUGUUUGAUGAGUCUUCCACUUUUAUGCAGUGUCCCUUGAUUAAACGUAUUGGUUUCUUUCUCAGCCAUUUGGAGUUACAAUUCAAAAAUAAUUUACCGAAUAACAUGGAACGUUCUGCAUUGUGUGAAGUUUUAAACAUUUUGGAUAAUGUUAUUGUUUGUUUUACCAGCAAUGUCUGCCUUUUACAGUACCUAGAGAAUCAACCCAUUGAGGAAAUGAUACAAUUUUUGGGUGCUGCCUUAAAAUUGAGUGCAAAAAAACAAACUCAACAAUGUGAAUUCGAUGACUGGACCAUUGUCACUGAAACCUGUUUAAGUAUCUUGGCCACCUUGUGUGCCAGCACCACACACUGGAAUGAAGCAUUCGAACACAUUACACGAUUUAGUUUCAAUACUAAAACACACACAAUGAUUAUACUAAAAUUAACUAAGAUUUUCUGUUUGCAAAAAUCUCAUUACGAAGAAAUUGGCCAUUGGUUUGUUAACAAAUUGAAAACUAUAUUUAAAUUUUACCAUACAAAUGUGGAAAUAAUGUUUGAAAUUGUUGAAAUGUUACCAGCCAUUUUUGUAUAUAUCCAACAAUAUGAAGAGUGUCUUGAUGACAUGCUAUUGGCAAUGUUUUCUUUAUUUAAAAUUUCCUUUCGCAAAUCCUAUUCAGUCCAAUUGACCACAAAAAUUAUAAAUAGUGUUUGUUAUAUUGUGCGUGAUUGUCGUGAUAUUUAUAUACAAGAUAGUUUUCGUAAUAUUUGUUUGUCGGUUGUUAAGUUUUUACCCUUUACCUCGUUGGAAGUACAAUAUGCCGCCAUUACCACACUGACCGCCUUAAUGGACAUAAAUUGGUUAAAAAAUAGCAAGUGUGAUAUAGAAAUAUAUUAUGACUUUUGUAAAAAAAUUUACGAAUCCAUUGAAUGGAAAAAACUGCAGUUACCCAGCUCACAAGCCGAAGGACCAGAUCAACUACAAAACAGUAUUGCCUUAAAUGUACAACUUUUGGUAUCGCUAUUGGCAUUUAGCUGUUAUCAUAGGGAUGUUGCUCUGCACGAAUUGUCAUUUGUGUGUUCUUUGUACAAGUUAACAGAGGCUGAUCUCCAUGAAUUGCAAGGCAUUGCCACGUUUUAUAAUACCACUUUAACGGAAGUGAUUAAACCCUGUAUUUCAAGUGCCAUACAUAAUUGGAUUUCCAAAUCAUAUCCGAUUUUAAAAUUUCCUUUUUAUAUUUGUUAUAAAAGCAAACAAGAUUUCAUUAUAGAAAAUCUAGAAGAAAUUGUUGCUUUUUUGUUGUUUUAUGGCAAAUCUGGAGACUUGAACCAGCUUAAAGACUAUGGUUCCCAUGAAGAACUUUUAAAGAUUGCUAUACCCAUUAUACGUGCAUAUAUCUUAAGCAGUCAGUGUCCAGCUAAUACGAAUUCCGAAUUUAAAAAUAAUGUUAAAAACCUGAUGGGUUUAGAUUUUUCCAAAAUUAAAAAUGAAGCAAAUACCUGGAAAAUAAUGUUUACGAUAGUCGAUACACUUAAAGAUGAUAAACAUUCCCGUGAGAUGGCUGGUUUUCCUAUAUACUUUCAGGCAACAAAAUGGUAUAAUAUUGACUAUAACUGUUUAAGAUCGGUGUUAAAUCUUUAUAUAAACAACAACACGAAUGAAGCUAAAUCCGAUGUACUUAAGAAUUUCAUCUCCAAAUACCCUUUACGUUUGGUCAAAACAUUUGGAGCUUUAAAGAAAAGCUGCAGUGAAUGUAUAUUUCCCAUCGAUUCUUUGAAACAAUUCUACAAGUUUUACACCUUGGCCGACAUGGUCUUAGACACUCUUCAUCUUGCCUCAAUCUCACAAAAUCUAACAAACUAUUUUACACGAGAUAUAAUCUACUACUGCCUUCAUUGCAUGGACUCGGCCAAACUUAAUGAUCUGCAGAAACUGUCAUUUAAAGCUCUCGAAAAGUUUCUAGAUAAAAUUCAACAUUUAAAAGAUAUCGAUCAUUUAAUGGAAAAACUUUUACCCAUUAUAUGCAAAUCUAUAGUACAAUUAUAUAAAAAUACCUCUUGCUUAGAGAUGCAAGAAAAAGCCAUUGAAGUUUGUGAUAAUUUAAUUCAGAAUUAUAAAUAUUGUAUACGCGAUAAAGAAAAUUUGAAAAAUGAGUUCUCUAUUGAUGAAAAAUUUGUUAAUAUAAAAGCUAUUUUGGAUUUACUGCCAGAUACCAGUGAUAACUCUAAUGAGUGGCAGAAUUUCUUUAAAAUAUUUCUGGAAAAUAAUAAUAAUAAUACUCAGGAUACAUUGAAAAUGUUGCAGCAUCAUAUUUCGAAAUGUAAACGUUACUUGGCCAAUGACAGUGAUUUACUUUAUCGUUUAAUAAGACAUCUUUUGCAAAUUGUAAGACAAAUUCAAUUUGAAAAUAUUAGCUUAGAGGCUCUUAAAUGUUUGGGUGAAAUAGGACCCUUGAGUUUAAAUCAAAUAUCUUAUUAUUUUGAGGCUGAGCAUAGCACAGAUGAGAAGUAUGAUGUUAUGUUACAAAUCCAGCAUUUUUACAAAUCGAUUUAUUUAAUAUUAGAGAAACUUCUAGAUACAUUCCAAUAUUCUACACACUUUUAUGUGAUUGAAGUGGCUCAGUAUUUGGCAAAUUCAAAACAUGGUCAGGAUCUAUUAGAAAACUUUCCAUAUUUUUCGGUAUUUCGCUCCAAUUUAAACCACAACUAUUUGGAUAACUAUGACAGCAUUCCGGUCUUAGAUUGGUUAAGCGUUCUCAAAUCAACAGAAUCACACGAUUACGACGAAUGGAUUUGUCGGUUUAUUGCGCAAAUCUAUCAGCAAUGUAAUUGGCUAGAAUUCCAAGAAUUAGCAGAUAAAGAUUCAUAUUUUGCCGAACAUUCUUUAAUGCCAUUCAUACGAUUAUUGCUGCAGUGUACGGAACAGCCGCACAUGAAUGCUAUUAUACAAAUGUUGGAAUAUUUCUUUGAAGAAUUUAUUCAACAUCACAAUGCAGCAAAUGGUGGAGAAAUGAAAAAGAUUUACAAGGAUAAGCGUGUUAUAAAUAUGAUAUUAAAUAUAUGCGAAUGUAUACGUAUUAAUAAUAAUUGGAACUUACCUUUGAAACUCUUAAAUGUUGCUUUGGCCUGUAAUUUUUGCCAAGCCUAUUUCUUGUCCAUUAUCUACUUAGAAUUGUGGGCUAUAGAAGAACAGGAACAAAAUAAAGCCACAAAUGUAGAGAUAAUGUCAAGUCCUCAAUUUCAGGAGAUAGCUAGAAAGGCCUACGAUUCUAUUGGUUGUAAUGAUGCCAUUUCCGGUUUUAUAAAUCCCCUCAAUUCUCGCCUAGACUAUUUAAAUCUCACCAAUAAUUGGUCUGACAUACUCAUCGAGUCUAAUGAUAUUUCUUCGAAUAGCAAUGCCAACUAUCUUUGCAAUUCGAUUUUAAAACGUAAUGGCAUGUUUAAUCUGGUCAAUGCAAAUGUAGAUAAAUCUUGUGUAGAUUAUGAAAUCUGUUGGCGUUUGUGUCGUUGGGAUACCGUUGUUGAGGGUCAUUCCAAAGUUGAUACCCUGAAUGACAUGGAAUAUGAAUUUGAAAAACAUAAUUUUAAUGCUUUAAAGUGUCUCUACAAUAAAGAAGAAAAUAAUGCUUUGGCCGCCAUUACAAAGUCUAGACAUUGUGUUUUAAAUAUUUUAAAAGAAAUCAGUGUGGAAUGUUUGCAAAGUGUUUACAAAUAUAUGACUUGGUUGCAAUUGUUGCAACAAUCAGAAGACUUUUGUUUGAUUCAAUUUUCAAAAUCCGUGCCAGUUGAACAUAUAUUCGAAAAAUGGCAAUUGGAAUCGAAUGAUUUGCUGUAUGGCAACUUUACAUGUAAAGAACUGAUAUUGUCACAUCAAAUCUCAUUGUUCCAAACGGCCGGUAUAAGGGCCAAUCGAAAAAUUAAUGAGUUUUAUAAGGAAAAUCCCAUUGAGAAGUGUCUAUUAAAAUGUGUACGCGAUUGUAAAGCUGCCGGAGAAAUUAAUUUAGCUAAGCAUUAUAUUGCCAAAUUGAAAAAUAUGCCCACAAAUAAUGUACAAUUAAAGGUCUCUUCCCUUUUGGAGGACGUUGAUAUUUGCAUGAAAACCAAUAAACCAGAAAUUACCAAAGCCAUACUUCAUCACAUUUUCAAAAAUAAAGAGUUUCAAUUUUGCCAACAACGUGUUACAGCCAUGCAAAUGAAUGGCGAAUAUUUGAUGGAAACGAAUACAGAAACAUUUGAUACUGUUUUAAAUAAAUAUUUUCUGGGCUCCUUGGAGGCAUUAAACAAAUUCGACAAGACUAAGGAGACAAUUUUGCAAAAGUUUCCCAAACUGUUUGAAUUAAGUGAUUUUGCUGAAUUUGAAGAAAAAAGUAAAAAGAGUGCUUACGAAAUUAUUGCCAAAUAUGCUGAUAGAGAAUAUACACAGUUAAAUACUUAUAUAAAUUCCGAUGAAUUCAACAUGAAACGUCAAAUUAUGGAGCUUAACCGUCAAACAGCCAGCACUGUGGGUCGCCAAGUACGCGAUCGUGACAAGCAAAUCAGUGCCAAUUUCAUGAAAAGAACUUCCAAUAUCGAUGAACAAGAAAUUCAGUUGAUAGAACAAAAACUUACCGCCUAUUUGUGUGUAGCAGUUGAGAACUAUAUUAAAUUCACCUGCCUUGAUGCGGCCAUAUCAAGUCCGGUGAUUUAUCGCAUUAUUGGUUUGUGGUUUUCCAAUAAACAAAAUGAAACUUUACGCAUAAAAAUCCAAGAGAACAUUUCCUCUGUGCCCAGCUAUAAGUUCAUUUGUGCUCUGAAUCAAAUGACGGCUCGUUUGAAUUCCAAAAAUCCCGAAUUUAUAGAACUACUCAAAGAUGUAAUGAUACGUUGUGUCCAAGAACAUCCACAUCAAACACUUUAUCAAUUGUAUCCCAUUGUAUAUGGCCACAUUGAUGGCACCGAAAAUAAAACAGAUUAUCGUUCAAAAAUUGCGCAGGAUAUUAUAGCGAAGGCUAAAAAUAAAUCGAAUGCUAAUAUAAUUAAACAGUUGGAGAGUGUUAUACCAGCUCUUAUUGAUUUUGCAAAUACUGAAAUAUCAGCUGAAAAUAAAACUGGUGCCACACCUUUAAGUGACAAAUUAAAAAAACAGAAAAACUUAGAUGCCAUUCAUUGUCCCACAAUCGACUUGCCUGUGCGUAUUGAUUUGGAAUACUCCAUUACAAGCAUUAUAAAAUGGGAUCAUAAAGUUUCCUUAGUCGGUGGAAUCAAUGCUCCUAAAAAACUACUAUGCCUUUGUUCUGAUGGCAUAACGAGACCUCAAUUACUAAAAGGCAAAGAUGAUUUGCGGCAAGAUGCUGUAAUGCAACAAGUUUUUUGCAUGAUUAAUAAUCUUUUAAAACAAGAACCAGCCGCAGUGGAACGUAAACUUCUGAUAAGAACCUAUAAAGUUGUACCAUUGUCGACCAGAAGUGGACUUUUAGAGUGGUGUGAAAAUACGGUACCAAUUGGUAUAUAUUUAACAGAAGCUCGUAAAAAGUACCGUCCCAAGGAGUACAGUGUUAAUAAAUGCCGUCAAUUGGCCCAUCAACAUCUGAAAUCCGAUGCUGAGAAACGUUUUCAAAUACAUCAUCACAUUUGCAAAAGUAUCAAGCCGGUAUUUCAUUACUUUUUCUUUGAAAAAUUUUCAAGACCUGGCGUUUGGUUUGAACGUCGACUAGCUUAUAUAAACAGUGUGGCCACCACUUCUAUGGUGGGCUUUAUAUUGGGCCUCGGUGAUCGACAUUUGCAAAAUAUACUCAUCGAUGAAAAAACAGCAGAAGUGAUACACAUCGAUUUCGGCAUAGCUUUUGAGCAGGGCAAAAUAAUGCCUACACCAGAAACUGUACCAUUCCGUUUGACACGUGAUAUUGUAGCCCCCAUGGGUAUCUGUGGUGCCAAUGGAGUUUUUAAGAAAUCUUGUGAAACAACCAUGACCAUAUUAAGGCGUCAUCAAGAUGUUAUAACCACCAUUUUGGAAGUUUUACUUUAUGAUCCAUUGUAUAUAUGGAAAGUUAUACCACAAGUGAAUGAUGAAAAUCAAAACGAUGAAGGAACAAAUUAUAUAGCCCAGCGUGCUUUAUUGGCGGUACAAAAUAAACUUGAAGGUAAACAGAAGGGCAUUUUUGGAACAUCCAGUGUUGCUGUACAAGUAGAACGCUUGAUCAAUGAAGCCAUGAGUAAUCGUAAUUUAGCUAUGCUAUUUCCGGGCUGGGACCCGUAUUUAUAAACUAUUUAUUUGUUUUUGUUUAUAUAUUUUUUCAUAGUUUUUAAUAAAGAAAAAAAA